GCGCAUCCCAGAAACUUAUUUGGGGAUCUUUUGAUUUUUUCGUUGAAAAUAAUGAAUGGGAGAACUUCGCUUUACGCAACUACGCUCAUUGCUUUAGGUGCAUUGACAUUAUGGCUUUUUCGGAGAAAAUCGACUAAAAGAACUAAAAGACCUCACAUGAAAUUCUACUGGUUCGACAGCUUUCGUUCAAAGCGAUGCGAAUGGCUUCUUGCAGAGCUAGGAGCCUUACAAGAUGUGGAGUUUAUCUGUAUGAACCCUCGUAACCCAGAUCAAGAACAGCUUGCACAGUAUCGUAAGAUCCAGCCACAUGGGACUGUUCCUUGUUUGGAGAUAGAGGGAAAGCAGGCAAUUAUAGAGUCCGGGGCAAUAUGUCUGUAUCUGGCAGAUAUCUAUGGCAAACUUGGACCUGAAUAUGCCAAGGAAGUUUACUAUAAUUGGAUAGUGUACAGUGUGGCCACCUUAGAUGAGACAAUGGAAGUACUGUUUAUACAGUGGGUACACACGGCCGUUGAAGACCAAGAUGAAAAUUUAAUUGACAAAAUGCUGCUGAAAUUUCAAACAUUUGCCAAAUUCCUCAGCAAACAUAUGGAAGGAAGAGAUUUUCUGUGUGGGGAUAAAUUGACUGCAGCUGAUUGUGUGCUGGGUUACAAUUUAUGGUGGGCUAUGGCGAUGAGAGAUGGAGUACUGUUAGAACACUACCCUGUCUUACAGGAAUACUACAACCGGCUGAGUAGACGGAGCACCUUCCAGAGAGUCUUCAUGGACACUACUUGAGUCUGUGGUUCUUCAUCACUACCUGUUGCAACUUUAAUCCCAGUAGAAAAUGUGUUGUUAUUAAGCCACUGAAAUAUAAUCGGCAAUUUUAUCUAUGUCAGUGGCAAGUAGAAAUUAAGUGUUCAUGUUCCUUAUUACCUUCAGGAGGAUUGGACUUUUAUAUCCAUCAGAAUAAAAAGCAUAUAAAAACCAUGCAUGAAUUGUACUGGAAAAUGUUACGAUCAUAAUUACAGACAAUAUAUUCAGUUAGAUUUAUGUAGAACACCUUAUAAUUGGCGUGUUUUAUAGUUAAUCAAACUUUAAUGGUCAUAUAGGAGUAUUCGUAGAGCUUGGAGUUAUUUCUUAUAUUCAAUUCAAUGAAUAUAGUUAG